GUUCCCGGCUCUCCCCGCGCAGAAACCACCAGCGGCUCCGGUCAUUCGACAGGGGAGUCCCCGGCGCGAGCGGUCGACGCGCGGCGCUGUCUCUCUCUCUCGUGCCUCCGUGACCGUCGCUGUUGCUCCUCGUGCUUCUGCCGUCGCCCGUCGAGUGCGCGACGCCGCCGUCUGUGUGCGUGGACGUGUGCUCGUACGGCGUCUUCGGGUACUCCCACCGGCGUGUGUCGGGUUCCUUUUUUUUUUUUCUUUUCGGCUGCGCCUCUUGUGUGACAUCCCCGAGUUUCCAACGAGGAUUAAUGAGCUUCGGCUGAAGACGUCUCUGCGCUUGGCUGCUGCACUUCUUCGUUCGUCCAUGACUGUCUGCUAAGGACACUCCAUCGUGGCGGCCCCGAUGUACUACGCGAGCUUCUUCCCGGCGGCUGUCCGGCCCUUCGACGGCCGGGGCCCCCUGGACGGCGUGGCGGCGGCGGCGGCCCUGGUAGGGCGCGGCGGGGAGCGCGGCGAGAUCCCGCUGGACCUGUCGCUCAAGCACGUGCGCCCGGACGGCUCGGAUGCCACCGAGGAGCUGCUGCUGCUCGAGCACCGCAAGCUGGCCGCGGCCUACGGCAGGCACCUCCUGGACCCGGCCGCCUUCCUCAGGCUGCAGCACUACCAGCAGAGGGUCGCUGCAGACGCCUUCCUGCAGCAGGCAUUCGGCAGCGCAGCCAGCGUGGCCCAACACCACGCCCUGGCAGCUGCGCGGAUGGGCUGCCUCGACCAACAAGUGGCCUUCCACUCCGCGGCUUCUGCGCGAGCCCCCACCGCCUUCCUGGAACCCGCCGCGGCGCUUGCGCUGAGCAUGCGGGGCGCCGGUGCCCCCGCGCUCGCCCCGGGAGACCUGGCGCGGUCCCUGUACCCUCCCACAGCGGCCACGGCUUUACCCGCGGGCUACUCGUCCAUGUUCGCCGACCUCCUGCCCAAGCCCGACCCCUGCCGCCUGGCGGAAGAGAGCAAGACGCCGUCGUACUCUCGACCCCCCACCAACGGCGUGUCCGAAAAGACCCCGUCGUACAUCACGGACCCGGUCCGGUUCGCGGCAGAGCACCUGCAGCGGUUACAGGACGGCCAGCAGUCCAAGUACGCAGCUGUCACGACAUCGUCGGGGUCCACCUCCUCCAGUUCAUCCCGGGAACACAAGAAGUCGUCGUCUUCUUCGAGUCGGCACUCCGACUCCUCGAGUCGACACGGAGACGUUUCUAGUCGACACACCGACGUCUCGAGUCGACACGCGGACAUCUCGAGUCGCCACUCUGACGCGUCGAGGCAUACAGAGGUCUCGAGUCGGCAUCCGGACGUCUCGAGUCGUCACGCUGACGUGUCGAGUCGGCACGCCGACGUUACCAGCCGCCACGCCGACGUCACCAGCCGGCACGCUGACGUCACCAGCCGGCACGCCGACGUUACCAGCCGGCACCCCGAGUUGUCCAGUCGACACGUCGAGUCUUCCAGGCACGUCGAGACGUCGAACACGUCCGCGCUCAACUUGCUGGGCCCGAGGCCUUCGCUGGGCGGCGGACUCAGCUCGGCGUUCGGAGAGACCGUUAAGCGAGAGGACUACUUGACCCCGUCGCACCUUCCCUUCUACCCGCCGUGGGGAUUGCCGCCGUUGAUCCCUCCAGUCACGACGGCACCGCCGACACCUCUCCUCACCCCCAGUCCCCAGAAGAAGAAGGAGUCGCGAUCUGAAGGCUCGUCCCGGAGUAAGAGUCAUCAUGGUGCAAGCAGUGGCAGCAGUCGGUCAUCUGCCAACAAGCGACCCGUGGAACACGACGAGCACGGCGAGAUCAUCGUCAUCGACGAGGAGCAACAGGCUCGCAUGGCGUCGUCGCUGAGGACGUCGACAGCCGCAGCGGCCGGUGGCAGGCCUCCGCCGCCACCGGAGCCGCAGCGCGCCAAGAUGCCGCGUCUGGAGGCGAUGCAACCCCCGGAUGAGGCGAAGACGUCGCACGGCGAGUCCAAGCGACCCGCCAAGAGUCCGCUGAGUCCUCCUCCCCUCAUCGCCGCCGUGCCGCCGGCCACCAGCCCCAAGACCGGAGAGGCGGCUGCCAUCGCGGCCAUAUUGAAACAGUCCCCUCCGCCCAAGACGAAAGUCACCACGCCGCACGACGAGAAGCCCACGCUGAACUUCUACUUCAGGGACCACAAACAGCAGCAGGCCGUCACCACGACGGCGCCGUCCACCCUGCCGCCCAAGACGACCACGACGGAGUCGAGUCACCUUCAUCAGCACCUCCAGUACCUCCAGCAGCAGCAACAGCUGCUGCAUCAUCAGCUUCCGCUGGUGCCGACGCCACUGCCCGCGGUCGUGGCCCCCGGACUGCUGGGGUCUCCGCCCCGGGACGUCGUCGAGAAGGCUUUGGGCGUCGAGUGCGUCUCGCGGAUGGCGUCGUCGCUGCAGCGGGCUUCUCGGCCUUCAGGCAAGGACGUGGCUGCGCCCGCCAAGUGCGCGCUGCUGGAGCGGGUCAAGGAGGAGAGAACGGUCGAGGCUACAACGGUCCGGAUACAGAAGGAAAACGGCGGUGUCCGCUACUCCAUCCACCCGAAGAAGCGGAAGCUCGACGCCGACGGCAAGUCCGAGACGUGUUCGGAGACCGACGGCCGGUCCCGGUCCCAGAGCCCCGAGCGCUGCGACCAGCGACGUCGCAGUCGACCCCUGAGCCGGUCCGCCGACUCCGCGGGAUUCGCGUCUCUGCGGCCCGAACUCCGGCAGAAGAGGAUGCAGUACCACGCCGUGCGGAGGCGAAAGCUCCGCUCCGGCCUCGACAUGAUCCGUCGCCGCAAGCGGACCCCGUCUGCCAAGGGUUCCAAGCCUGCGGUCGGAGCAGACUCCAAGCCGUUCGGCGAGCUCAAGUACGACGCCCCGCCGGACCUCACCAAGAUCCCCGUGAACAAGGCGACGGGGGAGACUGUGCUUCACCGGGCGGCACGCCUCGGACAUGUGGAUCUCGCCUGGUGCUGCCUCGAGUCGAGCGAAGGAGGCUCGGUGGAGUCGCGUGACAAGAACGGUGUGACCCCGCUCCACGAAGCGGCCUCCCGCGGUCGCCUGCGCGUCGCCCGUGCUCUGCUCCAGUGCGGCGCGGACCCGGACUCGGCUGCCCUGAACGGACGACGGCCUUUACACGACGCUGUGGAAAACGGCCACGUUGAGGUGGUCCGACUGCUGCUGUCGUACGGCGCCGACGCCUCGCUGUCCACGAGCACGGGGCUGACGCCGCUCGAACUCGCCAGGUCGCCUGUCAUGGUCGAACUGCUCAGAGGUUUCCUCUCUGACAUGGCGGGCGAAAGCAUCGACGGCAGCCCGGUCCUGCCCUGGCACUUUCCCGGCACCGUUUCGUUCAUGGACGCGGACGACAGUGGUUUCGACGUUCUCGCCGACGCGCCGUCGGAGGACUCCAUGGACGAGUCCCUGUUCAAGAUGAGCCGACCGACGCCGCUGCCCGCCUUCCGUCUCGCGGAGCCACCGACGCCCUUCCCGGCUCUCUUCGAACCAACUGGUUCCGAUUUCAUCCGGUUUGAGGACGUCCUCUUCCGCACCCAUCUCAGCGCCGAGGAAUUCCGGCAGCGGUUUCCGGGAGUCGAGGUGUUCCUGUCGCCGAGUCACGACGCCGACACCAAGCCCCUGGCGGACCCCUGGUUGAGCGACCAGGCCCUCCCUACCGUCCUCCCGCCCAUGGCCGAAGUCUCCCACCUCCUGCCGCCCGCGACUCCGACUCCGGUCCAAGUCGUGCGGCUGGACGCCACACUUCGAAGCAUCCUCGGUCUCCACAGCGCCACCCUGCGGUGAAAAAGCCGCUCCAUCCUUCACUUCGGAACAAGAACACGAGCGAACACGCAGAGAAGGAACACGCAAGUGCGCGCUUCUGCGAACAGACACACCCAGGAACGAGUAAAGGAACGUUGCAGUGCCGACGAACUUAGAAAAUGGACGUUCUGCGAACAACGUCAGUGUGACGGGGUCACCUAGUCGGCCCGACCUACGACGACGUCUUUCCUCGUGUUCCUCUAAAAAUAUGAACGGAUACUGCGCGUGCGCGCUCCCGCUCGGAGUUUCUUGUUAGUACAUUGUAUUAUAUAUUUUAAGAGUGGGCACACCCCCUCCACCCACCACCCACACUCCCCCCCCCCCCCCCCCCCCCUUCCAAAGUGUGAAUCGAUUAUGUUGCACACAGCACACGCUCGCGGUCGUCCGAAGUCGCGUGUUACGGGGCACAAUUGUCCGUGUGAAGAGCGGGAAUUCGAAGGCUUUCCCGCACCCGCGUACGCGAAGUGUUGGCCGCGAGUGGUGUUGCAGCCUCGGGUGUUGUGGCCUGUAGACUUCGGUAGCACGCGCUAGCACCCGUCUCCGUUCAGAAGCCCGCAUUGAGUUCUCUUUUUCCGCCAGCCAACCCGAAUCCAGACUCCGGCUCCUAAAGACGUUUGAGUCUCAAAGACUCUCAACGUCCCGAGAAAGGUCAGCAACCUAACUACUCUCAUGCAGGCCGGACUUCCUUGUACAUUUUUCUUUUGUGCCUAUGUUAUGUUUUUGCUUUGAAAGCGAAAGUUCAAACUUUCUUUUUAUAUUUUAUUCUUCUAAUUAUUACGUAUGCGUGUGUGCGUUAUGCGUAUCGCAAUUUGAAACCGAACAACCUUGCAUUGUUUGGCUAAAGAAGGAGCACGAAAGAAGUAUAUAGUAAAAAUGACGUUAGAAGGCCGCGAUGCCGCUGGUGGCUGCAGUCCCCGGUUUUGCUUUUCGUGUUUGAAACUGGUCAGAAGAUUCUUUUUAUUUUUUUUAAACAGGAACCAACGUUCUUUUUUUCAAUUUUUUUUUUGUCCCUGUCACGUUGUUUCCCCCGCUGGUCGCGUAUCGACGUUGUGUCUGGACAACUCUCUGUCUUCUCGUGCGAACCGGUCGCAGUGGUCAGUGUCUUAGAUUCACGCAAAUCUGUCCUAAUCAUCUUUCCAGAGACUAGUUCCUCCUCUGUGGUCGAUGUUGGUGUGUGGGCAUUCCAUGCUUUCAAACCUACCUUCCUUUUUUUUUUUUUUUUGCUUGUUCGUUUUGGUGUUUUGUUGCAAAGAAGCAAGGGCAUUUCGCGUGUGACGCGCCUUCUAGUUCUCUUAUUUCGUGUGAUUGAAGAAAAGUGUGCUACGCGGACGGUUUUCUAGGGAUUAUGGUUAUUAGUCUAUUCACGCAGCAAAGCUCGUCCGCCUGUACGUUCAAUGUGCCAGUGAAAUUCCCCCCGGGGAGUUGGUUGGUUAGGCCCUCCCACGCUCGUUUGUUUUCCUUCGCAGGCCAAUUGUCAUCGAAACGCGCGAUCGCUAAUGCGUCGCGGGUGCUUCUCCUUCUCCAAUCACCGCCGUGCUAUAUAUAUAUAUAUACAGAUCACGUGAUUUCUCACCGUGCAGGCCGUUGCGACCGAAAAUGUGAGCGACGCGGUGACGUCACCAUACAACUCGCUAAAAGGGAUCGUGCGCGAUUCUUUCCCAUGGUUGCUCGAGGAGCGUUCUGUCGAGAACCAAAAAGCAAAACAAACAAAAAAAUAUCCGUGCACGUUCGUGUCUGUGAAAGUGACUUAACCCUCGUUUGCUGCUCUAAUGCCUUCGAUGUAAAAUUUUGUGCUAAGGUUAGAAGGAGAGUGUUCCCGGUCGAAGUGUUGAUAACCGACCACGUGUAUUCUCCUCGCUUUGUACCAAUGUUUCUAGAAGAGAUGUAAAGCAUCUGUUAGCAGACUUUUUUUCUUGUGUGUGUGUGUGUGCUCGACACCUUUGCUGUCCACGAAACGUCUGUGGGUGUUGUUCUCAUUUAGACGCACAGAAAAAAUAAUCAAUUUCGCCUCGUGUCUUAGAUGAUUAUUUCCUUCGGCGUAAGCGCUAGGGUGCGAGAGAAUAGGCUUAUAAGAUGUCCGAAAAGAAAAAGAGAAAGUGAAAGCAAAAAAAAAAAAAAGGAGGGAACUCAUUUUACUGUGUUAACUCCCUCAGGCCUUCCAUUUGUGAGCCUGUUGCGCGCGCACUGAGUGAACGAACCAACAAACAAACUAAAAAAACCGUCCUUCACUGCCCUUGCCACAUCUAACAGCAGAUAUUGAGUCAUUCUAUGUCGCACCCAACAGCUGACUACGGCUGUCUCAUCUUCCCCUCCCACCCUCCCAAAAACACACAAGAACAAUAAGCCGAAAGUUCUUGCAAUCUACCUUCCUGAAUGUUUUUUUCUUUUUUGCAUAAGUUUUGUUUUAUGCCAAUCUCGUAUUUCAUCGAAAAUCUCAUUCUUGUUUCUUCCCUUCCAAGUCCACCCGAAGAUUCUACGAACUGUUCCCGCGAGAGUGUCUGCUUGCGUGUGUGUGAGUGUACAUGGUGUGUUCGUCGCUCGCGCCUCUUUGAAUCGCAGGCCACGCUUCAUAGAUGUGCUUCGUUCCCUCGUUGUAUUUUUGGAUGUAUUAUAAAUAUAUAUUUGUAAAUAGCGCCGUGUAAAUAAUAUGGACGAAUAAUAUACUGUAUUCACCUCUGAAAAA